UCCCCCCCCAGGCCGCGGAGUUUGGUGAAGGGGCUUUGAGCCGGGGGAGGGAGAGUGUGGGGCGGUUUUAUGCAUUUAUUUAUUUUUUUAGGAUGAAUGCGGGAGCCCUCUCUCAUUUUGACAACAAGGAGCACGUUUUGAAGCUGGGUGGUAGCUUUGACAGGCAGCCCAAGUGCGGCUUUCACACCAUCCGAUAUGAUUUCAAACCAGCAUCCAUUGACACUGCACGUGAAGGAGAUCUUGAAGUUGGUAAAGGGGAACAAAUCACAAUCACCUUUCCAAAUAUUGAGGGCUCAACAUCACCCAUCUCGGUGUUUAAAGGCUCAAAGAGACCUUACCUGAAGGAGUGUGUUCUCAUUGUGAAUCACGACACUGGGGAAUAUCGACUGGAGAAACUUACCAGCAACAUCACUGUGAAGAAAACCAGGGCGGAAGGAAGUAGCAAAAUCCAAUCUCGCCUUGAUCAACAGACCAAUCGUCUGGGGCAACAAAUGCGCCUCAAUGCCAAGGCCUCCCUUACAGCAAAGAAUUCUCCUCCAAAGGAAAAAAUGUCACCAACUUCUCAAAUGGAUGAUAUUGAACGAGAGUUGAUGGCAGAGGUUGGCACUAUGGACCAGCUGAGUAGCUCGGAUAGUUCAUCUGAAUCCAAGGGCUCUUCAUCCUCCUCUUCAAGUAGUGAUAGCUCCAGUGAUUCUGAGGAUGAGGCACACAAGCCUGCUCCCCUCCCAUCAGUAUCUUCCUCUCAUCCAGUUUCAAUGCCGUUAAUAUCACCUUCACUACCUCAGCAUCACACAUCAACAGCAGAUGUCGUCAGCAGCAGACCUGCAGAAUCUAUCAAUACGUUGCGCAGUGAUCUGCAGCUAAGUGACUCUGGAAGUGACAGCGAUGAGUAAAGAAUCCUUCGUUGUGUGACCGAAGAGACAGAGCGUGAUAAUACCACAAAUUUUUUUUUAAAACAGAUACCUGUGCCAAAAAGGAGGAGGAACAGGAAGAAAAUUGCCAUUGUAUAGCGGUGUUGUUUUUGAGUGAACGUGUGCGUGUAUACAUUCAGAUAAAUUAUACUUAAUAAACUUUUGUAGUAACAAACAGCUACUGCAAAAACUUCGAAGUAAUCAGUAUAAAGUGACAGUGAACGAAUGAGUUGUUGUAAGUUGGAAUGCAGCUAGCUGUGUUGUCUUUUUGAACCUGUUUCUUGUUUUCUGCCUUAAUGAUGUAUUGUGCAAUACUUGAUGUCUUAACUAAAUCAAUUCUGAGACUCUUAAAUCAGAUACUGAUACUCUGCACUAUCUGAAAAGGAAGGAACUUGUAAUUAUUGCAAUUACAUUAUGCUGUAAGCAGGACUUAAGGUUUUCAAACAUUUCGUUUUGCAUUUUCACAGACUUCUGGAAAUGGCUGUGUAUGUACACACAGAUGUGUGUAUAAAUGUUGAUAUUUUCCUCUAAUGGAAAGCACUUUUUAAGAGAAAAAACUUUGGCUGUUUUCACUGUGAGCAGUUUAUUUAAAAUGGAAAUAACCAUGGAAAUUUGAUUACAGAAUCACUUUUGGUACUUCCUUGAUCCAAGUGAUAUCAGUAAAGUUAUUUUUUUUUUUCUUUUCUCAACAGUGUGACUUAAGCGUGAUACAUUUAUAUUAAAAAUGUAUUUUGUAAAAUAUUUAAU